CGACAAACUUACAGAACCCGAAGUCUACUUACAGAACGCGAAGCUUCAGUCUGCGCUCAAUCCCAGCGCUUAAAUCGAUUGAUUCUCUCGUUCCCUCACCAACAACACACACACAACCUUCAAAAUGAAGCACCUCGCGGCAUACCUUCUCCUCGGCCUGGGCGGCAACACCUCUCCUUCGGCGGAGGACAUCAAGGGCGUUCUCAGCGCUGUCGGUAUCGAGGCUGACGAAGAGCGCCUCACUCAGCUCCUUUCUGAGCUUGAGGGCAAGGACAUCAACGAGCUCAUCACCGAGGGCUCUGCCAAGCUCGCAUCCGUCCCAUCUGGUGGUGCUGCUGCACCAGCUGCUGGUGGCGCCGCUGCCGGUGGUGCCGCUGCCACUGAGGCUGCUCCAGAGGCCGCUAAGGAGGAGGAGAAGGAGGAGUCUGACGAGGACAUGGGCUUCGGUCUCUUCGACUAAGCGUAUCGCGCUCACGAUGAGGAGACGCUGGGGUGAAGGGAGGUUCAAAGCAGGAAAACAAUUGAGUGGAGGGUGGACGAUCCGGAUCAAAGGCAAUGGGAACACUAUUUGCUGUGGGAAGGAACUGCAGACACUAUGCUCGAAUUGAAACCUGCUCUUCCUGAGCUUGUCACCAUCACGUUGCCUGCCAUCUCCAAUCGUAUUUUUUCAGCGGAGGUGAACAUGCCACAGAUGAACCCUUCACCUACACCAAUCAGCCCUGUGAGCUGUACGGGUCUGCUGU